CAGCGGGCUUCGAGUCGUCUGGCAAGACUGCGGGUACCGAGUCGUCUGGCAAGACUGCGGGCACCGAGUCGUCUGGCAAGACAGCGGCACCGAGUCGAGUCGUCUGGCAAGACUGCGGGCACCGAAUCACCAGGCACGACAGUGGGCUCUGACUCAAUUGGCACGGCAGCGGGCACCGGGUCAUCAGGUACCGGAUUGUCUGGCUCGACAGCGGGCAUCGGGUCACCAGGCAUCAGGUCAUUUGGCUCACCAGCGGGCACCGCGUCAUCUGGCAAGGCAGUGGGCACCGAGUCACCAGGUACGACAGCGGGCUCUGAGUCAAUUGGCACGACAGCGGGCACCGGAUCAGGUACCGGAUCAUCUGGAUCAACAGCGGGCAUCGAGUCAACUGGC